AUGGCUCUGAGCUCAAUCCUCUCCAUUGGGCCCUACAAGCACCGACGGGACUUGACACGAGAGCUGGUUCUCUUGCGCUACCACAUCAUUGGCUACAUUGCCGCCGGUACUUACGGGAAAGUUUAUAAGGCUCGGAUCAAGCACGAUAAAGACGAUGAUAUCGACGACGACAAACCGGAGUAUUUUGCCAUCAAAAAGUUCAAGCUGGACAACCCUAAGACUCACCAUGACAUCAAUGGGAAUGAGGUGACCCAUUACACCGGGAUCUCCCAGCUGGCAAUUCGCGAGAUGCUGUUGUGUCGUGAAUUGUCUCAUGAGAACAUUACUAAGUUGGUGGACAUUGUGUUGGAAAACAAGAGUAUCUGUAUGAUCUUCGAGUUCUGUGAACACGAUUUGUUACAGAUCAUUCACUAUCACAGUCAUCCCACCAAGGAUAUUCCGCCAGCUACCAUUAAACUGAUUGUGUGGCAAAUUCUCCAAGGGGUGACGUAUCUCCAUCGAAACUGGAUCUUCCAUCGAGACCUCAAGCCAGCAAAUAUCAUGGUGUCGCUGCUGGGAGUGGUGAAAAUCGGUGAUUUGGGGCUUGCAAGAAAGUUCAACAAUCCCUUACAGAGUCUCUACACUGGUGACAAAGUGGUGGUGACGAUUUGGUACCGGGCUCCCGAGCUUUUAUUAGGAGCACGCCAUUACACCCCGGUAAUUGAUUUAUGGGCAGUGGGGUGUAUUCUUGCUGAGCUCAUGCUGUUGCGCCCAAUCUUCAAGGGUGAGGAAGCGAAGUUUGACAUGAAUAAUAAAAAGCUGGUGCCAUUCCAAAAGAAUCAAUUCCAGAAGAUCGUCGAUAUUCUUGGCACCCCCACUCCGAAGACGUGGCCGCUGCUAACCAAGUAUCCCGAAUACCCAACUUUCCAACAACUGCUCACCACCGUUCACCCUCCCAUGUUGGUUAAUUGGUAUAAGCUUAUUGGCGGCACCAAUAAGCAAUGUCUUCUUCUUCUCAAGGGUCUUCUUGAGUAUGAGCCGCUGGCCCGGCUCACUGCCGAACAGGCACUCAACCACCCUUAUUUCCACGAAGCUCCCCUUCCGAUGAAGAACUGCUUUGAAGGUCUCCCCUACAAGUAUCCUAAGCGACGUAUUUACACUGACGAUAACGACAUCAUGAGCAAUAACCAGCUGAUGCACAAUAUCAAGCGGCACGGCUUUGACGAGGGUGGCCGCAAGCGCCAAAGAUGA